GACCCAUGGAGGAGUCAACAAGAAUCCAAAACCACACUCCUUGAAAAAACAAGAAGUUAAUACAAACUAAACAUCAAUACACUUGAGAGCAGUUGAUCAAGUGACCAACUCCAAGUACUUCACCGAGCAUUGUAAACUGCAAAGUCAAGGUGUGCACAAAUAAGGUUUGGAUAUAACAUGGGUGAAUCCAGUAGCGCACAAGUUGCAAUCUCUGCUUGUAGAGCAGGCGCCAAAUUUAUGGCUUAGGGAUGAACUCCUAUUACAUGCAUUCCCCUUCUCCCCUCCUCUUCCUAUCACUCCCUCUUUUGUGGGAGUAAAGACCCCUUGAGCAGCUCCUUACAAUGUUGAAAAACAAAAAAAAAAUUAACGUAAGUCAUUUUCACUAGAAAAAAAAAAAAAAAGAAGAAGCAAUGUAGGUACUUUGGCACCGACUCGCUGACAAUCAACAAGACCCGAUAUUUAAUAGACAACACGUAUGGUGGUACCACUCAAAAAGAUUCCCAAAAGCCACUGAGAGACGGAUGGCUGCAUCAGGUUCUACAAGUGGUGAUGAAGGCUGUGAAGCUCCGUUGCUACCAAUUGCAGAUGACGCCACCGUCCAUGGUGUCGUCGACUACAAAGAUCGUCGUCCCGUUAGUAGAUCCAACACCGGCGGAUGGAGAUCCGCCGGCUUUAUCAUCGGAGUGGAGAUUACGGAGAGGUUUGCGUAUUAUGGGAUAGAAUCAAAUCUCAUAAGCUACCUGACGGGGCCGCUGCAGCAGCCCAUGGCCAUGGCUGCCGAGAACGUCAACGCAUGGUCGGGAGCUGCGUCUAUCCUUCCUUUGUUGGGAGCUUUUGUCGCCGACGCUUGGCUUGGACGCUAUCGCGCCAUCAUCUUCUCGUCUCUCUUGUAUAUCCUGGGGCUAAGUUUGUUAACUCUAUCAGCUGUGCUUCCUUCACAUGGUUCAUCUAAUAACUGUCACAACACUGAUAACAACACCUCCUGCCGUCCUCCACAAUUCCAAAUCAUCUUGUUCUUCUCUUCACUGUAUUUGGUGGCCCUUGGGCAAGGUGGACACAAGCCAUCUGUACAGGCAUUUGGAGCUGAUCAGUUUGAUGUGAGACAUCCACAGGAAUGCAAGUCGAGGAGCUCUUUCUUCAAUUGGUGGUAUUUUGGUAUGUGUGUGGGUUUAAUGUUCACAAUACCCAUUUUGACCUACAUUCAGGAUAACUUGAGCUGGGGUUUUGGAUUUGGAAUUCCUUGCAUAGCCAUGGCUAUUGGACUUGCUGUUUUCUUCCUUGGAACCAAGACUUAUCGAUACAGUUUCAAUGAGACUAAGACCAACCCAUUUACGCGGAUUGUUCAAGUGUUUGUUGCAGCUGCAAGGAAUUGGCAGAUCGCUUAUUCGCCUGCUUCUAUUGACAAAGAAGUAGGAGAAACGCUUCCUCGGCGAGGUUCAAACCAAUUCAAAUUUCUUGACAAGGCAUUAGCAACUGCAUCAGAUGGUUCAAACAAGGAAUGGGAAGUUUGCAGUGCAGAUCAAGUGGAAGAUGCAAAAGCAGUCUUGAGGUUGGUUCCUAUAUGGACCACAUGCUUAGUGUAUGCAAUUGUAUUUUCUCAACCUCCUACUUUCUUCACCAAGCAAGGUGCUACCAUGGAUAGAUCAAUAGGGUCAGGAUUCGAGAUACCAGCUGCAUCACUCCAAACCCUAAUCACCUUUUCAAUUGUCACUUUUGUUCCCAUCUAUGAUCGUAUCAUCGUUCCGAUAGCCAGAUUCUUUACCAAGAGACACUCAGGCUUUAGAAUGCUUCAAAGAAUAGGAACUGGAAUGAUUUUCUCUACGGUGGCUAUGGUGGUAGCAGCAAUAGUUGAGAAGCAAAGGCUUCAAAUUGCUAUAGAUUCUGGGCUUGUUGAUAACCCAAAAGCUACAGUUCCAAUGAGUGUUUGGUGGUUGGUUCCUCAAUAUGUUUUGAUUGGAGUUGCUGAUGUUUUCACCAUGGUUGGUCUGCAAGAAUUUUUUUAUGACCAGGUUCCAAAUGGGCUGAGAAGUUUAGGCCUCUCCCUUUACCUAAGCAUAUUUGGCAUAGGAAGUUUCCUUAGUACCUUCCUUAUCUCUGCAAUUGAAAAGGCAACUGGUGGGGCUGACCAAGAUAGUUGGUUUUCAAACAAUAUCAACCGAGCUCAUAUUGAUUACUUCUAUUGGCUUCUUGCAGGUCUUAGUGCAAUACAAUUGGCUUUCUAUUUGUAUUUUGCCAAAUCUUAUAUUUAUAAAGGGGAAACAAUUUGAGGUGGCCCUAUUACAUUAGCACUAUAACAAUUGUAAAUAAUGUGUUACUUGAAUGAAAGUAAUGGUGCUUUCACCGAAAAAAAAAGAAUGAAAGUGAUGGUGCUAAUAUAUUAUUUA